UUGUGCUCUAACAGCAGGCAGACGCCUUCUCAGGACUAAUUAUGAAGUAGUUAUCUGUUAACAAACUAACGCAGCAACAUUUUGACAAUUUGGACAAUUUGAACGCAUAAAGAUCAUCAUGCAUUGACACCACACUUGAGAUUCAACGGAGAAAUGUUUCAUAUGUUAUGAUUGUUUUGGACCGAAGAGGACUUAUCAAUAUUUCUUCAUUGUAGAGUUGACUCGCUAGCUAGCUAGCUAGGUGGCUAGCUAAGUUAGCUAAAGGGCUUUUUGAAUUUGACGGUAGCUAAUUUAGCUCCGCUUGCUAUAUUUUUCUUUUAUUCUUUUCCUCUAAGGUACCAGCCACAGGUUGUUUGGACAGUUCGGUGCCUCCAUAGGAUCCUGCCAUGGCUGACAGCAGCAUACUGACUUUAGGGACAGCUCGGAGUCUGUUGCUGGAUUCUUCAGUCUGUGAUUCGAGAAUCGGCGAAACCACCAAGGACCAUGUGUUCCUGGGCAUGGCAUAUGAAGAUGGGGAAGACAUGCUGCCAAAACUGGAGACGAGGGUUAUUCUUGUGGGAGAAGCUGGCAGAAAUGGAGCGCUGGUCAAAGCACUGCAGGCCAUCAGAGUAAUGGAGGUACCGGUGGUAAAGAUAAGAGAAGGGGAGGCAGGAGCCGAGGAGAAAACCAUGAUAAAAUCUCUAGUCAAUAUGGACAUCAACACCCCUUGCAUUAUGACAGACAGCAUCCAGGAGUUUGCAGAUGGAGAGAACACUGAUUUUGAGACGGUGUUCGUCCUCACAGACUUUGAUUCUCCUGACUACAGCUACCUCUACAAACGGGACAACCGCAUCGUCGGGCCUCCUGUCGUGCUGCGCUGCGCUGCAAAGGGGGAACCUCUACAGUUUUCAUGUCGUCCUCUCUACUCCGCCACCAUGCUGAACCUGUCGCUGUGUUUCACUGGCUUCAGGAACAAGGAGGAAAUUAAGAACUUGGUGAAUCUGGUUCAUCACAUGGGGGGGACCAUCCGGAAAGACUUCAGCACCAAGGUUACUCAUCUCAUCGCCUACUCCACACAUGGAGAGAAAUACAGGCUGGCAGUGUGCAUGGGGACGCCGAUUCUCACUCCAUCAUGGAUUCAUAAAGCCUGGGAGAGAAGAGAAGACGUGCUCUUCCAUGCAGGAGAAGAGGAGUUUCGAACAGAGUUCAAAGUGCCUCCCUUCCAGGACUGCAUCCUCAGUUUCCUGGGUUUCUUAGAUGAAGAUAAGGCCAACAUGGAGGAGAGGACUCUCAAACAUGGUGGCACUUAUCUUGAGGUUGGAGACGAGCGCUGUACACACAUGGUAGUGGAGGAAAACGCAGUAAAGGAGCUGCCAUUUCCUCCCUCCAGUAAACUCUUUGUGGUCAAACAGGAGUGGUUCUGGGGAAGCAUACAGAUGGACGCUCGGGCCGGAGAGUCCAUGUACCUCUACGAGAAGAACGACAGCCCGGCCAUGAAGAAGGCCGUGUCUCUGCUGUCCCUCACCACCCCCAACAGCAACCGCAAGCGCCGGCGUCUCAGGGACACGCUGGCUCAGCUCACCAAGGAGACGGAGAUCUCUCCCUUCCCCCCCCCACGCAAGAGACCCUCAGCAGAGCACUCCCUGUCCAUGGGCUCUCUGCUGGACAUCUCCAACACCCCCGACACCUGCAAGGCCUUGGCAGAAGACAGAGUAGGGAACAGUUCAGAGAGCAAUCCUGUUGCCAGGAAUAAGAUGAGAAGGAGGAGAACCAGGGAAAGAAGGAGUAGGACAGACAGGGAAGAGAGGAAGAGGAGGUCCUACCUGGGGACUCUUCAACAACAAGAAGAGGAGCAGCAGACAGGAACCUCAGAAAGCUUAAAGCCUUCCAAGAGUUCCACUCCGGUUGUUUCCAAGCAGUCAGCCAGGUGGCAGGUCUCCAAGGAGCUCUACCAGACUGAGAGCAACUAUGUGGAGAUUUUAAACACCAUCCUACAGCUUUUCAAGAUUCCAUUGGAAAAAGAGGAGCAGGUGGGCGGACCCAUCCUGGCUCAGGAGGAAAUGAAGACGAUAUUUGGCAGCAUCCCAGAAAUCCACGAUGUUCACACUAGAAUAAAGGGUGACCUGGAGGAUCUGCUGACAGACUGGUCAGAUGACAAGAGUGUAGGAGACAUCAUUCUCAAAUAUUCUAACGAUCUGGUGAAGGCCUACCCUCCCUUUGUCAACUUCUUUGAAAUGAGCAAGGGGACGAUUGUUCGUUGUGAAAAACAAAAGCCACGCUUCCACGCUUUCCUCAAGAUCAACCAGUGCAAGCCAGAGUGUGGCAGGCAGACCCUGGUGGAGCUGCUCAUCAGACCUGUACAGAGACUGCCAAGUGUGGCCCUCCUUCUUAACGACGUAAAGAAGCACACGCCAGAUGACAACCCAGACAAGGAAAAGCUGGAUAAAGCAAUCGAGUCUCUGAAAGAAGUCAUGACUCACAUCAAUGAGGACAAGAGGAAGACUGAAGGCCAGAAGCAGAUCUUUGAUGUGGUCUAUGAAGUCGACGGCUGUCCUGCCAACCUGCUGUCCUCCCACCGCAGCCUGGUUUAUCGAGUAGAAACCAUCGCCCUGGGAGACCAGCCUUGUGAUCGCGGGGAACAUGUCACACUCUUCCUCUUCAAUGACUGCCUCGAGAUUGCGAGGAAACGAAACAAGGUGAUCAAUACGUUUAAGAGCCCUAUGGGACAGACCAGACCUCCACCCUCGCUCAAACACAUCGCACUGAUGCCGUUGUCUCAGAUUCGGAGAGUGCUGGACCUGCAGGACACAGAGGAGUGUGCGAAUGCGUUUGCCCUGGUGGUUCGCCCUCCGACCGAACAGGAGAACCUGUUGUUCAGCUUCCAACUGGCUGGAGAGGAAACAGUUAAAGUCGCCUGGCUGCGAACACUUUGCCGCCACGUCGCCAACACCAUCUGCAAGACUGAUGCGGAGGACCUGAUUCAGAGCACAGACCCUGACAAGCUCCAGGUCAGCACCAAGGAUAUGGACAGCACCCUGAGCAAAGCCUCCAGGGCCAUCAAGAAGACCUCUAAAAAGGUGACGAGGGCGUUUUCCUUCACUAAGACCCCGAAGCGUGUGAUCCAGAGGGCGUUCAUGGCCAACAACACUCCUGAUGAGAAAAGGCUGAGUUGUGAAAACCGCAUCGGCAGCAGCGCCACUCUGGCUGCCCGCCAUUCCCCCUCCAUGGUCAACCUGCAUUCCAUGUUUGAGAGGAAGUACCACACCUUCAGCCGAUCAACCACCCACCUCAUCUGAGACACUGAGCACCAACAAGGGGCCACACACUCUUUUUUUUAUUCACUUCCUUUGCCUUUGACUGCCACUAAUAGACCUGUGCGAGUCUAACGUGGAAGCUAUCUGUGAGAUAUGUCAAACUAGCAUUUGUCCAUACAAAUAGCAACUCCUCCUAGACUCAAAUCAGAGCAAAAUGGAGUCCAAAUUAUCCAGCUACUGUUAAAGUGCUUCAUAGCUUGGACGGAGAAGGGUUAGAACAAUAGACCAAUUGUUCAUCAACCUGGAACGUACCAUUCAGCUGGUAGAAAUGUGCACCUUACAAGGCAGUUAGGUGCAUCUUUCCAAACAUGCACAACGCUGUCGCUAGCAGCUAACUGGAACGGUACGGCGCCAUGCUACAGGCUUAAUGUACUCUUAAAUAUGAAGGAUGCUCUGCUUUUUAUCUGUGUUUGUAAUUGGAUUACCUUGACACACCUACUUUUUUGUCUACAUACUUCAACUGUCACAUCUUCGGUUUAUACGUCAUCUGUUCAGCUUCCAGUUUAGUUACCUUUUUUGCAGUGUUAACACUAACUAAGGUAUUUCUAUUCAACAAAUGCAGGUUGUUAAGCUCUUUGUGUGUUUUGUGGUCUAUUUAGUUGCAAGUUAAAUCUCUCUUUCCUUUUUUGUGUUGUUUUUUUAAAUGACCUUACUCUGGAUGAGUCCUUUAUAAUAACUGACAUUUAAUGUUGUUUUAUCGUAGUGGGGUAGACUUGAUUUCACCUGAUUUAUAUUAUUACUCGUGAUUGUAAUUAACCUGCCUUUUAACAUUUAAUCUUGAGAUAGUUUCCAGCUUUUAUAAAGCUUCUAUUUUAACAUUUAAGAGAUUCAGUUGAGAGGAAUUCAAGUUGUUAAGCGCUAGUUCUCUGAACAGCUGUCCAUGUUUUUAAAUAUCUUUUAACAAAGUAUCUGUGUGUAUGUCUAAGGAGUGCUGCGUCAGUGUACAUAUUUAUUUUUUGAAGACUUUUUUUGUUUAUUUUAUCACUUUCUAUUUAUGUUAUUUUCUAAUUGUAUGUCUGUUUUUUCUCUUAUGCUGUAUUCAAGCUACAGCUGUCUCUGUUUGUGUAAUCUUUGUAUUAAAUGCACUUAAAAAUGUAAA